GAUGAUUUGCAGAAAAAGGAAAUCGUGUGAGGCUCUCAAAGGACGCUCCGGGCACCCUAAGCCGGCGGUACCUGGUGGAUACGAUAGCUCAGAUUUGGUAGAUCAUCCACAUACGUGCUCCACCAAAUCUAGAUAGACUUCCAGCAACUAGACAUUGUGUUCCUGCAUCGAAGGACCCCCAGUUCAAGUGUUAGUUUGCCAACGCAAAAGAAGGUCGUUACGGCUGCUUGCUUGACCACGAACUUUAGUUUUUUUUUUCAUUGGCUCUAUUCUAGGCUCACACACUGCUCCCUAAACUAUCGACAAUGAUCUCGAGCUAGAUCAUACAUCUUGUGCUGCUUGUCAGUAAAGCUUAAAGGAAGCUAAUACACUCGAGGUCUUCCUAUCAAAGUUUUAGUUGGUUCCAAAGAAAAGAAGGAUCACUAUCAUUUGGCCCUUGAUCUUGCACAACGUUCUUUUCACCCGGAAGCUUUAUUGAUUCAAACUUUGUACGAGUAUCUUUCGGUACCUCCGGCUUUUGGUAACGUUAAAUCCAGUUCCAGGAGAUUGGAACUUGUCAUAGCCAAAAAUCACGUCAACCUGCUCGAAAGAGAAAGAACUGAUAUGUACUAGCAGAGAUAGACGUAUUGACUACUCCACGUGCUAAUAAGCAGCAAACAUUUUGAGACUUUCCAACCAAACUCGACGGCGUUAGUAUCAAUAGUCGGGUAUCAUAUAUCUCAACAUCUCUCCUCGUUGAAAAUAAACUGCAGCUUGCAAUAUACUCAUCAUACAUAUCACACAUAUCAAUAUCAUUAAUCUGCAAGAUCCUGCUCCUUCAACAUCAUCUCGCACCAAUAUAAAAUUACGUUACCAGCGGACGUUUCAAGUCAGCCUCAAGGAUACAGAUUAUCAUCCAUUCACACAUCCCUUCUCAGCAUAUCAAAUUUGUUCUGGCGGCAAGUUCAAGGGGACACCUGUCGCCAAUCAAGCUUGCAGUACUGCGUUCAGCACACCAGCACUCUCCAUACAGAUAUCCAAACUUCAACGAAUUGAAAAUUGGCUCAUCCCCCAACAGUUUUCGUACGUUAGUUCUCCAGAAAUUUCUGCAAUUUUCCGCAAUCGCAUUGUCGCAAUUGAACUCGAUCGGAUUAACCCCCGAGGCAAACAUUGAAACAAAAUAAGAGGAUAUCCAGACGGAAGAGUGAAAUAUUUCCGUCUCAAACAAUAACUUUCUCAAUCUGCUCGUUGAUGUUCGUUCUAUAAAAGAACACACAAUACCAUCCAUACUUCGUUGAGACAUCCGAAAGCACCAUUCACGCGCACGCUUACCCACCAUCCCAGACUUAUCCUCGCCUGCAUACUUUACAGUACAUCCACUACAACCCACCGUACUAUACUUAACUCGCUCGCUCCAUCAAUCAAGCAUCAGCAAUCUGGAACAUUUUCAUAAUCGGCAUACUCUUGCCUGCACACGGGUAGCUCUCACCUCACUACACGCACGGCCUGCCCAACGACGGCUAUUACUUCAUUUGUUCCAAUACUUGGCCCCCAACAUUAGAGGAUCAGCAGGCAUUAGACUUCAAGGGACCGUGAAUCCAUUUUCACAUCCAUACAGCCCAGCCAGCCUAUCAAGAACGCAUCAAGUCAUCGCUGCCCAUCGUCGGAAGCUGGUUCCAGUUCCCACGAGGCGCCAGCUACCACCCCCGAAAACUUAGAUUGCGACCAUUGCACGCAAGCUCGGAGCUACUUUACCGUUGCGCUUCCGCGACCCAGGUGAACCCCUAAAACGGUAAAACAUUCGAAAAGAGCGUUGCCGAAGACAGCAAGCAAUUUAGCAGACAGACCAGCGACGCGGUGCAGUGCAGUGCGUCUCAGCACAGCAACGAGCUGCGACUGGACAAAAGGAGGUUCCCGAAAUACAUUGGAAGGAGAAGUCAAUCAAUAGGAAAAAAAUCAGACCUCGAUUAGUAGCAGCUCGCUCAAUUGUGGGACUGUUGGAUUCGUCGAAUCUUCUUAACACGACCUUUUUUUCUUUCUUGCAUCCGUUCCAUCGUUACACGCCGCUUUGAAUCGUUCCCCUGUGCGUGAGGAUUUGAAACAAUAAGCCGGGGACGGGUAAGAUUUAAGCAAGAAACUCAGCAUCUCCCUACCGAACGUUGAGAAGUACGGACGGUACUGCGAGGAUAUUCCUGGCAAUUUCGUGCAUAUUACCGCUCCAUUGCAGCCGUCGCAGUAAUCAAUCACACCCUGGACACUCUAUUCAGCAGAUUCGACCCUGUUCAAUAGCGAUUCUUGAAUCUCUGCCACAGCCCUUUCAGCGUAACUUUCGCCGAGUGCCUUAGUCUCGGUGGGCAUCCAAGGCCUUUUCAAGGGACAAUUGAGGAUAUUCUUAGAACUUAACGGAGGAGGAUUAGCGGCGUAAGAAAGCCACUCUCACCACUUUUUGACCCUCGAUCAGCUUUUUUAAUUCUUGUUUCGACAAGGCUACUUGGGACCCCAUCAAAAUCGACCCCAUAGCCAAUCCCAACCCCAGGGCACCAAUUCCAAAUCUACAGGGACUCUUCAGGCCUGCUCGAACAGUGCGUUUGCAUCAGUAUACACUAUACAGCAACCGGGCGACGAAUAGGGAACGGCACUUCAGCUUUUACAUUCUCAGCGUGUAAUUUCGCAAAAGCACGCACGAUAGCUUCCAGCAGUGAGUCGCAAGCAAGAAGCAGCACGCAGCACGCAGCAACGAGAGGCAGCCCUUCACACCCCGCGAAAAAGACCAAGACAAGGCCAGGGGAGGUAGAGAAGUCGGAAAAAAGAAAGGACAGGAGAGAGAAGAAAGAAAAUUUUUGUUCCUUGAAUUAUUGCACAUUUCUCCCCGGGAGGCUUGUUUUUUUUUUAUUGUUUUUUUAUUUUUAUUUAUUUAAAUUGUUUUGGGUUUCAAUUUGCAUCAUUUCGAUUUGGCUCCAGAUCAUUUUGUCGCCUCGACUCUUUAUCGCCUGCCGUACAACCCUUUCCCCCCUCUGGCCUGACUUUAGCACAUUACAUCAAAUUAUUACCUAUAUCAUCUAUAUCAUCUAUAUCAUCCGCCUUCCGCCAAAUCACAGCCUCCGUCAACACCUUUUUCGUUCAACCCAUCUUCCGGGACGGACGACGGUGACAACCCGUUGUUGCUGCUGUUUAUCUGUUCGUGUCUCGCACUCAAGUACAUGAGACGACUCACCCAUCGUCCUGAGAAAAUUAUACCGUCACCAUACCCACACCCACACCCACACCCACAACCACAACCACAACCACAACCACAGCUCUCCACUCCCCUCCGCCGCGCAUUAUUUGUUCGUUUUCAUCGCCACCGUGGACUGGUACCGCUGCGUCUCACUCUCUCCCAUCCGGCUUGACGUCGAAUUUGGACGUUGCACCCACGACUUCACCAAGAUAGUAUUAUCGUGGAAAGUCGAGAGAUUUGGACGGGGCGAGGCUGCAAAUGAACGAUAUCCUUACUCCUCAAAAAUUAACACUCGAUCACUUCAUGUGCUCUCAAUCUGGUAAUAUCCAAGACCUAACCGCCUAUUCAGGGCAUUCGUCUUCGUGCAUUGUCGGAUCCGAACCAGAGCCUGACAGCUCUACAAGACAGGAAUUUGUUCACCCUCCGUCGUUACCCUCUGAUAUGGGGAUGCGAUACAUGACGAUUCCAGCGACAGAUGAUGUACGUUACACUUCCGAUUCCGGUACCUCUCAUAGCCCUGUGUUCUCGAUAGAACCCACGAUACCAAAUUCAAUCCCGUCCAACAUCCCAUUCCCCCCAUACGCGCAUGCCUAUCAGUCAACACUGAACGGUCCCACGUACUCAGGUGGGAGCAACCCGUACUUUUCUCCGAGCUCGUCUUUAUUUUCUAUGCCCGAUCUUAAACCCCGCUUGAACUCUAUUCACUCCUCCCCUGGAAUGGCACCACCCUCACGCUCACCAGCCUUACCACAUCCACAAUCACCAAUAAGCACACGAGAUUUAUACGCAAGUGCAACACCACAUUUACGAAGAGCGGACGGAAUUUCAAGAUCUCCGUCGACCUCUGGAACUGUAAGAGGCGUACCGUUAUCACCAUCCAACAGCGGAUUCGCAAGUCCGGCGAAUAUGGAGGGUUCGCAACUGGGAGGGCCACUUACCCCUCCUCUAAAUCCGACAGAAGUCAUCCUCACUUUGCAGGCGGCUGACGGACAGAUCAUCACGCCAGAAAUCUUUGGCAAAAUUGAUAAAGGAUUUUUCAUGGCAGAAAACGAUUGGACCUGCUAUAGAAGAAACUAUUUUUCGCUGAGUUGCUCAUUUACACUUCAACCUAUCGUUCCGGGAGCAAAUGUAUAUCUUUUGUUGUCUGGUGGAAUGAGGCCGCAGGUGCAGCAAUUUGCGAUGUCCAUAGCUGCCGUGGUAGAUUCACGCGAUGGGAAAUCAAUAGAAUUGGUCCAGCACACUCCCAAACGAGACAAAGGACCACAAGAUAAGCCGCCAAGAAUCGCAGUUGCCCCAAGACCGCACACAACACAUAACAUGUACGGCGGCGACAACGGUAUUGGAGGUGGACCGCGCGGAAUGUACGAUGGAUCCUUCGGUCAGUCACCAAGCUCACCGCCGAACGAAGCUACUUUUGAGCGUAUCCAAUUCAAAAAUGCAACUGCGAAUAACGGAAAACGUAGAGCAGCUCAACAAUAUUAUCACCUGCUUGUAGAACUUUUCGCAGAUUUGGGUACUAACCACAAUCAUUCAGAACGCUGGGUAAAAAUUGCCGUUCGUAUGUCUGCACCAAUGGUGGUGCGUGGUCGCUCACCUGGGCAUUACCAGAGCGAAAGACGAGGUAGUAAUGCAAGUUCUGGACCUGGAGGUGCUGGUGGUGCUGGUGGUGGCUCAUACACACCAUCCGGAUCAUCCCGUACCCCGGGCGAUGUUACCAUGUCUGGAACUUCCUCCAUGCUACCUGGAUCCAACAACUACGGUUCUUACGAUGGUCGGUCCCACCAUUAUCGCACUGGGCCUCUCCAGAUUCCCAUGGAACCCACUCUUUCUGCUGAAGAAGCCAAAAGCAUUGAGGAUGCUCCUUGCUAUAUGUAUUACCCAACUCCAAUAUGGGAGGGCGCAGAGCCACGGAACCAGUUGCCUAGUCUUCCGGAAUAUGUGCCAGGAAAAAUCAAGCAAGAAUACAAUACUGGUGGCUACUCGUUGCCGAGUAUCAGUGGUGCACAAGAUUCUUUGGGUAGACAUUGUGGAAGGUGGGAAGGAGUUCCGGAAUCCAAGGGUUAUUUUCCAACAAUGGCACUGGCACAGGAACUCAAUAUCAGCUAGCCAUUUCACACGGGGAACUAAUCGCAAUUUAACACGCGGCAUAACACGUGUGCUUCACUACGAUGCAGCAUUCGUAAUCCCCGUCUUAUCCCUUUCCCUUCCCCGCUCUGGUUCAAUUUUAAUUGUUUGCGUAUCACAUCUCAUAGUCGCCCAUGUCUUCAAUUUUCAGCUGGAGUAUAAUGGAUUGGCUCAUCGCUUGGUCGCUUGAUAUAUCUGCAGAAAACACCCUUGUCAUGGAAUUGAUUGGCGCAAGAAAUGGGAAAGGAUUGAAGACUCAAGGGUCAUGUUAGCGUAUUUGAUUGGGGAAUUUCACUUUGGGGAAUACUACAAAAUCGAAUGGGAUCGGGUGCAUAUCGACUCGGUAUGGCACACAUACAGAGUAGAUCAAUAUGGAUCAGAUGGAUGGAUGGAUGGAAAAAGCUUGCAUCUAGGUUUGGUCUAGGAUGGAAUGGGAAAAAAAUAUACUGAAUUUUGGUGAUGGAGUUAGAUUUGGACUCGGGUCAUUUCUUUAUAUGCGGAUCUCGGGCAUGGUAAUGAUGGAUGAAAUGAAUGGAUGGACAAAUGGGCAACAAAGGAACCGGAUUGCAAUGGAUUGGGAUGGAUGGGUUCAUGAUCUCGCCAAUCGCGGAUCCUGGUGUUUCUUACAUGUGUCUUUGAUGGAUUUCUCAUCGUACUUUUUUUCAUUUCUUUCUUAUCAUUGGGUUUGAUGUGGAGGUACAUGAGAAGGCUCACUGCCCUAUCAAAUAUCUUACUUCAGGCUCAGACACAAUAGUUCCUCUUUGCUUGCAUCUGAUUAUUUCUUCUACCUUGACUGCGUGUUAGUUGAUGUUGUUGCGUGGGUGGACUUAUUAUUGAUGAAUGAAUUUGAGUUGUGGGCUGUUGAGUAAGCGUUUCGUGUUUUCAGUUGUGUCUGUUGUUGUUAUUUUUGAGUGUGGGAAUUGAUAUCGCUGAGAAGAGACGUGGGGGAUCAGAAGGUCUAGAUAGUGUGGUAAAUUGACCAAGGGCGCCAACGGCUUGUGGGGAUGAAGACUGCCAGUGAGCAGAUAGAAAAAGCCAGGAGAACAGUAGCGAGGAGAUUGAUUAGGGAGGAGAGAUAGAAAAAUUGCGUGCAGGAAAUUGAAGAGGUGAUGUUUUUCGUUGAUUUCUCGUUUUGCAAUGCCAGUCAGUUAGGUUAGUCGAUUAGUCAGUCAAUGCAGGAGGCUUUUGUUGA